CUCACAAAAUCUCCUCCUUCUCGUCACUUGGAAAAAGCUGGGAAAGAAAUGUUUCAUUCAAAGGGGACAUUCUCGAAUGGUUCCCUACUUUUCCCGCUCAUUUUGCUCAUUGUUCUUGAGGUACAUUCUCUGUAUCUUUCGCGAUCGUCUUGACCACCUCCCCGGCGCCACAGCAUCGACCAGCAAGACACGACAGCAAGCGGUUCGCCCAUCACACAUUUCAACUUGUGUCUAUCACCGCCACACAAGACUCACUGCAAACUAUCGCCAUCUCCAGCAUUUUCCAUCCCGAACGAGUCCACAUCAAAGUUUGAUAUACCCGCAAAUUUCCUGCCUGUUUCAUUCAGGACAUCCACAAGGGGAGAAAUUUCCUUGUUCAUGGCUCGUAAAUCUAUCGGUCAGGUGGCCGAGUGGUUAUGGCGCUAGUUUCAGGCUAAGAACUAAAAACAGUGCUGAAGACAAGAUUACUAGUGGAGCAAUCUUCGUGGGUUCGAGUCCCACCCUGAUCAAAUUUUUGCCGCUUCCGUUUGAUAUAUGAUAUGGUAAUGGUUUCAAAUGGGAGUUGACGUUUUGCAUGUAGAUGAUAGGAGGGAGAGGUGCGGUAGUUUGUAGCUUUUGACCGGUAAAGAGCACUUUGUAGCAGGUUCGUUAGGCAGACGACGGAAAGGCACAGUCUUGCUCGAGGAAGGAACGAUGGGACAGUCAAGCGUGGUCA